AUGUCCGAAGAGACGACUCCAGAGCCACAGGCGACGUCGACCGCUAACGCGACGCCUGUGAAGAGCUCUCAGAGCAGAAAGGCAGCGAAACAGACGGCCGAGAAGCUGCUCCUAUCGUUUGCUGAAAAGAAAACCGAGUCGGAGUACGAAGAAGAGCCAGGCAAUGAUCGCGUUAUACUGGACGAGGUUCCUGUGAAAAAAGAGACGCGGGGCCGCAAGCCGAAGAAUUGGGUUCCACCUGAAGGGUACACGCCGAAAAAGAGCAAGCCCACACCGAAAAAGCGGAGUGUCAUAAACGACGAAUUUUACCACCGGCUCGAAGACGAGUAUUUCCAGGAAAUCACGCCGCUGGUCUCCAAUCCGUGGCGUCAAAAGGCUGGGGUCAAAUCCAGUCACCAAGGAGAGACCAAAAUAUUCCAUUUCCAUGCUCUAAAUGAAUCGUAUGCUCGGAAAUUUCAGCUGGGACGAGAUCUAAUGGCUCCUAACGUGUUCCACACUAAUGACAGGUUGCUUAGCAGCUACCAGUUUGCACCAUUGGAUUGGUUUCCAGACUCAAUCACAAGACCAAUUGAGCAUCCAAUAUCGGCCGACGAAGCACACUCGCGUGUUUCUUUAACCCAACCUGUGAGUUUCGCAUUUGACAACAACGAACCAAAGCCAUUGAGAGCAGGAGGUGUUGCCCAAUAUCCAACGAACAAUCUGUACCGCCAGGGAUUUGUGGUAAACACUGGGGGGCUGCCACUGGUGAGCUCCUUCCUGAAUAAACCCAUCAACGGGAAAUACUAUCUGUUUGUGUCGGUUAUUGCCAGCUCAGAGACAAACAACUCGGUGCGCAAGGAGCUGUCUCUUGGCCAACCGGAGAUCUAUGACGCGGCAAUUGAAGUCUUUGAGAUCGAUCUUGGCGGCAACGUGACCUCAUUGAAAAAAACACUGGUGAUUCCAUUUGGAGCUGUCAUUUCGUUUAGAUGGCUCCUGUGCUCCAAUCCCGAGGAAAGUCUUCUUACCUGCGUGUGCAAAGACGGUAUUUUGCGCAUAUUGCGAGUGAAUGCGCAGUUUCUCGAUUCUCCAGACGUGGCCAUGCUGACGGCUCCCUCAGUCACGAUCAAUAUCCCCGACUUCGAGAUAUUGUCGUGCGACUGGACCUCGUCUUCGUCGCUGGUGCUGGGUCUCACCGAUGGCCACAUCGCAGAGGUGGAUAUCAAGGAUCCGGAACACCCGUUCUACGUUGUGGGCCUCGAUAUUGCGAACAUAGCUUCCAUCACCUCUACUUACUCCGACGCACUAUACGAGGCAACCUCGCGCAUAAUUCUUGUCUCGGCAACCAACUGCUACAACUACCUGAUCGAUCUUGACAACCUACGCGUGAUUGCGGAGUCCCAGAAGUCUCGUAUCCCCUGCUUCCAGAUCCAGUACUCUGCUCUGCUUGACGGGUUUGUGGUUGCAGAUUCAACAAAAACACCCAAGUUUGUGAGUAAGAAAGACGUUCAGAGCAACAUUGGAUUGCACCUGUGGGACGAGAACCAGGUGUUCUCCAUAGCAGUUUCGGACUACACGCCUUUCCUGGUUUCUGGCUAUGUUAAUGGCACUGUUCGCUUGUACAACGUGAUCAGAAAGGUGCACAGUUCUGCAAAACUCAAGGUUUCACCUGCUUCUGCAAAGCUCUUCAAGAUGGAUAUCAACAAGGACGAGUUCCGACUGGACCUGAGCUACCAAGUGUCGUCCGAUUCGAAGGACGUGGAAAGCCACUCAAUAUACGACAACAGGAUUAACGUGACGAGCUGUGCUCUUGCAAACACUCCAGCGUGCUCCGGGUUACUGGCGGCGUCGUACGCCAACGGCUUGGUGGUGAUUGAAAGAAUCAUGAGCGCAGAGUCUAUUUAG